ACGUUUUCAGCUAAAUCUUCAUUCGUUGCGGAGUCGGCUUUGUUGGUUGUUCGUUCAUUUUCUCACUGGUGUGUUCCCGUACAACAGCCUCCUUCAGACAGGGCUAAAACUCAGCGGACUUCGGAGGUGGAAAGCUGUGUAGAAUUAGUGAUAUUUUGAAAUAGUAAACGUUUUCAAAAAUGAAGAAUCUACUUAUCUUUGCUUUGUUGGUGCUUCCAGCGGUUUUACUCACCGUAGACAGCGGGUCUCGGCUAACAGCCUACGCUACCGAGGAUGAGUUGGAAGAGGAAUUGGAUGUAGAGGUUGAAUCCGAUGACGCUUCGUUGUCGCAAGCCGAUGAGCCGGAGGCAGAAGAUGAACCAGAGACGACAAAAUCGCCUGAUGCUGACACGUUCCUACUGUUCACACGACCACUGCACUCUGCUGGAUCCCAACUUGAACUGCCUGCUGGUAACCCAGUGGAAUUCCUAGUUGGAUUUGCCAACAAGGGAAGCGAUGACUUUAUCGUAGAAACCGUUGAGGCAUCAUUCCGCUACCCAAUGGAUUUCAAUUAUUUCAUCCAGAACUUCUCGGCCAUCGCGUACAACCGUGAGAUUAAACCAGGUCACGAAGCCACUGUUUCGUACUCAUUCCUGCCAUCGGAAUCUUUCGCCGGACGUCCAUUCGGUUUGAACAUUGCUCUGAACUACCGUGACGCCAGCGGAAAUCAGUUCUCCGAGGCUGUCUUCAAUGAAACCGUUUCCAUCAUCGAAGUUGAUCUAGUAUUCGAUGGAGAAACCUUCUUCCUGUAUGUGUUCCUGGCUGCCGUUGUGGUGCUGCUACUCGUAUUGGGCCAGCAGUUCCUCGGAUCGUACGGAAAACGCAAGCGAUCGCCUGCGAUGAGGAAAACUGUUGAGACUGGUACCACCAACACUAAGGAUGUGGACUACGAUUGGAUCCCUGCUGAAACGCUCAAAAAGAUCCAAAACUCACCAAAGUCCGGUAAGGUUUCCCCCAAGCAGAGCCCCCGGCAGCGAAAGACGAAAAGGGCUGUCGGUUCCGACGAAUAAAAUUGCUUUCGUAAAGAGCAAUAACAACCACAACACAAACCAACUCAACAGUGAAGGAUUAGGAUAAUCCUGUGUGACCUGGGGAGCUGUAGCUCUCAGCCAAUCCUAGACAGAGACCGUGGAUGUUCGGGGUGGUUUCCAUCCACAGCAUCAGAAAUUCACGAGGAAGACUUUCGGUUUCCGUUGAACAACAAUUUACGUUUCAUUAGAAGUACUGUUUAGUUUACGUUAUGAUUUUUUUUUCUGUUCGCGUGACUAACCAUUCGAAUUACGAUGAGAUCCUUUAGUGUGUGAGCGAGAUUGCGGUAUUUUCCGAAACAGGAAUAAAUGCUGAGAUAUAAGUUUAAACCUUAAUUAGAAUGCACAAAUAAGUGCGAGCAGGAAGAAGGGCAGCAAAUGGGGGCUUCGUUUGUGGAAGCACAGCAAUCCCUGCGGUAGGAAAACUGCUGAAGAGUAAUGUUUUUUUUUCAAGUGUUUUUCAUUGCUUAAAUUAUUUUAUACGAGAGAAAUUGAGGAAAAAAUGAGAGUUAAAGUAAUA